AAUUUCCCCGUAUUAUUUCGCUCCUCUCGCCGCUUCACUCCAGACCAGCGGGUGGCGCUAAAACACAUGCGUUUGUUUGCCAAACACCAUUAAACCUCGGAGGAAGACGUUCAGUUUCACCGCGCCCUCUGUUGUUUUGUCGUGAUGAUGGCUUAAUGCAAACUGUUAGAAAUGUUAUUUCUGUUAGUAGGAAAAUGCAGUUUUUGAAUCAGGUCAGUAAAUACCUGUAAUAUUCUCAGCCUCACAGUCGUGACUAAGUUUUGAAGCAAGCAGGAAUAUCUGGAGGAGUAUCAUCUGAACUGAGAUCUGCUGCUGUGAAGAUGGUGUUUGUUAAAGAAGAGAAUGAGGAGAACAUGAGUGAACCAGAAACAUGGAGAAUAAAACACGAGGAACCAGAACCCUUGAGAAUAAAACACGAGGAACCAGAACCCUUGAGAAUAAAACACGAGGAACCAGAAACCUGGAGAAUAAAACAUGAGGAACAAGAAGAGUUGAUUGAAGAUAAUGAGGAGAAAAAAGAAUUGAGUGAAUUUGAGGAGAAAAAUCAUGUCAAAAGUGGAGAAAAACCCAAACAGAAAGAUGUAAAGAAAGGAAGAGCCAAGAAAUCUUUGACCUGCACUCAGUGUGGAAAGAGUGUCUCAAGCAAACGUAGUCUUGAUUAUCACAUGAGAGUUCACACUGGAGAGAAACCAUUCACUUGUGAUCAAUGCGGAAAGAGUAUCACACGCAAAACAAGUCUUGAACGUCACAUGAGAGUUCAUACUGGAGAGAAACCGUACACAUGUGAUCAGUGCGGGAAGAGUUUCUCACAAUCAUCAAACCUUAAGAAACACAAGAAAGUUCAUACAAAGGAGAAGCCACAUUCAUGUUGUUUGUGUGGAAAGAGUUUUUCACAUCUACAAAGUUUGAAAAUACAUCAGAAAAUACACACUGCUGUGAGAGAGUACAUGUGCUUUGAGUGUGAAAAGACUUUUAAUACAGCGAGCCAAUUAAAACUGCAUGAGAAGAUCCACACUGGAGAUAAACCUUAUAUGUGUUUACACUGUGACAAGAGAUUCAGUGUGUCAUCAAAUCUGAAAACACAUGAGAGGAUUCACACUGGAGAGAAACCUUACAAGUGUUCACACUGUGACAAGAGAUUCAGUGUGUCAUCAAAUCUGAAAAAACACGAGAAGAUCCACACUGGAGAGAAACCUUAUAAGUGUUCACAGUGUGACAAGAGAUUCAGUCAGUCAACACAUCUGAAAACACAUAAGAGGAUCCACACUGGAGAGAGACCGUUCACUUAUGAUCAGUGCAGGAAGAGUUUCUCACAAUCAGUAAACCAUAAUAUACACAUGAAUAUCCACACUGGAGAGAAACCGCAUACAUGUGAUCAAUGCGGCAAAGCAUUUUUGAGGGCUUCAAACCUGAAGACACACCUGAAAAUACAUACUAGUGUGAGAGAUUACAUGUGCUUUGAGUGUGAAAAGACUUUUCCUUCAGCAGGCAGUUUAAAACGGCACCAGAGGAUUCACACUGGAGAAAAACCUUAUAAGUGUUCACACUGUGACAAGAGAUUCAAUCAGUCAUCAAAUCUGAAAACACACGAGAGGAUCCACACUAGUGAUGGGAAGUUCGGAUCAUUUUACUGACUCGGACCUUUGAGUCUCGUUCAGCAAAAUGAACAAAUCUUUUUUCGAGUCAUUUCGUUCAUUUCGUUCAUCUUAGCAAAAUAUAAUUAAAAUGUUACGUGCUACUUCCCUAACACAUCUACUACUUAUGCAAACGUUGAUCACACUACAAACAAUACAAACUAUAAUGCUAUAAGAAACAGAAAAUAUUAAUUCAUUGUUUACCUGGGUCUUGAUUAGCUCACCUCAUCUCUAUCUGACAAGUCUUCGGGUUUGAGCCGUUCGUUCAUCACGUGACAGCCUCAUACACUAACCAAUGCAGUCAGAGCCGGAAAGAGAAUUGAUUAGUUCACCUGUUUCGAGUCUUCGGGUUUGAGUCGUUCGUUCUUUUGUCACGUGACGUGACAGCUUUGGGCAGAGAAAUUAGUUAAUUUACAACCUUCCUUACAAACGGGUGCAUAGUCAUUAUUAUUAUUAUUAUUAUUAUUAUUUACUAGUACAGUUAUGUGAUGCAUUUCUGGUCUCAAAUUAUUGCUUUUAAUUUCUGUCACGAUGGUUCUUUUCCAUAAUACUGAAUGUAGUAAUACAGAUAAUAAAGAGUUGUUUAUGCUUUAAUUUUAUUAAAAAAAAUUUUUUGGAGUCUAAUCUUCAUAAAAUACAAUACAUUUUUGUAUUAAUGUCUUUUGAGUUAAUCCUUUACAUUAGACUAUAGUGUUACUUACUUUACUUUUGUAACAUAUGACACUUUAGACAUUAACACUGUGUACACACUCUUGAAUUGUUUUUUUAUUGUUUAUUUUUGUGCCAGAAAAAGCUUUAGCAAAGAGGAUAACUAUUCCAAAAUGAAUUAAAACAAUUUAAAUAAAAAAUACAAGAAAAUUAAAAUAUACUAAAGCCACAGAGCUUUAAAAACGAAAACUAAAUAUUGCACAACAAGCUAGGCUUUUUUUUAUAAUAAAUAAAAUAAAUAAGCUUUAAAAUAAAUAACACUUUUGUGCCAAAAAAAAAGCUUUCUAGUAAAGAGAAUAACUAAUCCCGAAUGAAUUAAAACAAUUUUAAUAAAAAAUAAAUUAAAAUUAAAAGAUACUCGAGCCACAGAGCCUA